AUGUCUUCCUCUCAACCCAUCAAGAUUCUCAUAGCCAAUCGAUCCGAGAUAGCAUGCCGCCUCAUCAGGACAUACUCGCUCUACUCAAGCAUCCACACAGUAGCUCUGUUCACCCCCUCUGAGAAGGAUGCGACACACGUGCGUCUUGCAACCGCAUCAGUGGCGCUCCCGGGAGAAGGUCCACGUGCAUAUCUGGACGCGGUAAAUAUUGUCAACAUUGCGAAGAAAGAAGGAUGCUGGGGUAUCGCACCGGGCUAUGGUUUCUUGUCCGAAGACUCUGAGUUUGUGAGACUCUGCGAGGAUGAAGACAUCAUGUUCAUCGGACCAUCGAGCGAGCAGUUGGCACAACUUGGAAACAAGAUGAGCGCGAAGUCAUUGGCGAAAGAUGCAGGUAUACCGGUUCUAGAUGGCACGAAGACCGUACUCGAUCGAGGUUCUUCUAUCACGGAUGUACUAGCGUUUGGAAAGAGCCUGGGCCCAGCCAGCAAAAUCAUUCUGAAGGCUGCAGCUGGCGGCGGAGGGCGCGGCAUCCGCAUCAUUGAUGACAAUACGGACGAGCAAGCCAUUCGCCUGGCUUACGAAGCUUGUCAGCGAGAGGCACAUGCAUCCUUCGGCAAUGGAAGGUUAUUCGCGGAGCAAUAUCUGCACGGUGCUAAACAUAUUGAAGUCCAGCUUCUUGGAGACGGCACUGGAGAAGUUUGCCAUUUCUGGGAAAGAGAAUGCUCGCUUCAGCGCAGAAACCAGAAAGUCAUGGAGAUUGCGCCUUCGCAUUCCAUUACGCCACGGCUUAGGCGAGCUAUCAUCGAAGCAGCGGUGAAACUUGGAAAAGCAGUGAAGCUGCGAAGUCUUGCCACAAUCGAGUUCCUUGUCGAUGCAGUAACCGAAGACUAUUAUUUCAUGGAGGCGAAUCCCAGGAUACAAGUCGAGCAUACCAUCACCGAACAGAUCAAUGGCAUUGAUUUAGUGGAUUUACAGCUUCAGGUUGCCUUGGGACGAACGCUGGCAGACCUGUACAUAACGCGAGAACCCCCACCACCUCGACUUACAUCCAUACAGCUACGCAUCAACGCCGAAAGUUUCAGGCAAGAUGGCACCGCGCAACCUGAAGCGGGGACUAUUCGACAAGGACAUUUCCCUACGGGAGCAGGCGUGCGAGUCGAGACAGCUCUUGAAGGAGGCCGACAAUAUGCUGUGAGCCCUUUGUUCGACAGCCUUUUGGCGAAACUCAUUGUCACCUCAUCUUCGUAUGAGUCCGCACUGCGGCUGGCUCGUUGGGCCAUCGACGAGACAAGGAUCGUAGGAUGCAGGACGAAUCAGGCGUUCCUAAUGGCCUUGCUGGAUAUCCAAACCGUGCAAGAGGGCAAGAGCAACAUUUUGACCAUCCAGGAGAACUUCGAGGCGCUGUACAGCGCCACGCAGGAGUUCGAAGACGCGUUGCGGGCUAAAGGUGACCGCAACUCCGAAGAAGCUACCUCGCUAAUGGAGGAUACCGCUAAAGUUGAGCGACCUGCAGGCUCUGAAGAGCUGCUCGCACUUGUCACGGGGGUUGUCCUUUCCAUCAAAGUGAGCGGAGGCGACAAGAUCACUGCUGGCCAAGAAUUGGUCGUUCUUGAGGCGAUGAAGAUGGAACAUUCUGUCCGGAGCGCCUGCAAUGGUGUUGUGGCGAAAGUGGCCGUCACGCAAGGACAACAAGUAAAUGCCGGCGAUGCUCUUCUCUUCAUCCGCUCGGAUGGCGACAGUUCGUCUACCAAUACACACGACCUAGCCGAGACUGAGAACCCAGAGAGGCUGCGGCCGGAGCUGACGGAGCUGAACGAACGUAAGGCCUUUCUACGGUACGCUGGCCGCGAAGAGGACGUGGCCAAGCGCCAUGCAAACGGAUACCUCACGGGCCGGGAAAAUCUCGACUUACUUGUAGACAAAGAUUCAUUCAUUGAGUAUGGAGACCUCGUGGUUGCGGCACAGAGGAAAAGAUACCCCAUGUCCCAUCUCAUCGCUCGAACAAGCGGAGAUGGUAUCAUCGUGGGCUGGGCGAAGAUAGACUCUCACCCAGUCGCAGUUGUCAUUGGCGACUACCUCGUACUUGCCGGCACGCAAGGACACUUCCAUCAUCAGAAGUUAGACCGCAUCUUCCAAUCAAUCAUUGAUCAUCCUGCGCCACUGGUGUUGUACGCCGAAGGAGGCGGUGGAAGACCAGGCGACACCGAUCACUUGGGCAUGGCUGGCCUAAAGACACCAUCAUUCGCACUGAUGGGCGAGAUCAAAGCAAGAGGGAUACCUUCUGUUGCAGUAGUGAAUGGUUACUGCUUUGCGGGCAACGCUGCAUUCUUGGGAACGUGCGACAUUGUCGUAGCUACAAGAGGCGGAUCAAAAGAUGCGCCGCUGAGGAAGUCCACCACGAUCGGCAUGGGCGGUCAAGCAAUGAUCGAGGGCGGUGGCCUUGGCCGAUUCGAGCACGAACAUAUCGGCCCCGUCAAUGUUCAUAUGCGCUCAGGUGGCAUUGAUGUACUUGUGGACACCGAGGUCGAAGCUGCGCCGCUUGUCCGCAAGAUCGUUGCUCUGUUCACACAUCCUCAGCUUCCACCAGCGGAGAGUCCUUACACAUCGGAUCCUCUUCGCCUACGCACCGCAGUGCCGCCACUGUCAUCUCGUCGCCGAGCCUACGAUGUCCGUCGUGUGAUCAACCUUCUUCUGGACGACGAUAGCUUCAUCGAAUUCUCUCCCGAGUGGGGUCUCUCUGUGCUCACAGGCUUUGGCCGCAUCAACGGCCACGCAGUCGCAAUCAUGGCUUCUAACUCCUCAUCUCCCCUAGGCGGCGCUAUCGACGUCGCAUCCGGAGCAAAAGUCAACCGCCUUCUCCGUCUCCUCAUCCGCCUCGGCGGCAUGCAUCUCCUCAGCCUCUGCGAUACCCCUGGAUUCAUGGUCGGCCCCGAUUUCGAGCGCUCGAUCGAAGCUCAGGGUGCCGGAAGCACAUACCGCUGCUUCGGUGACUGGUUUGGCAACUCCCAAGAAUUUGCCCUUCUCGGCGGUCGCGUCCUAGGAGUCGUACUGCGAAACGGUUUUGGACUGGGCGCACAAGCGAUGCUCGGUGGUGGAAGUUUGAAGAACAGUAUGUGCGUGGCGUGGCCGAGUGCCGUCUUUGGUGGCAUGGGGAUCGAAGGCGCUGUAAGGCUUGCGUACAGGAAGGAGUUAGAAGCUAUCAACGAUCUUGAAAAGAGGAAGAAAAGGGAGCAGGAGAUGAUCGAGGUCAUGUACAGCGAAGGGAAUGCCCUCAAUAUGGCUAUGGCAGCUGAGAUCGACGGUGUGAUUGAUCCGGCUACGACGAGGAAAUGGCUGGAACAGAUGAUUGACGUGUUACCGGAGAGAGUGCCGAGGUAUGUUAAGGCAAGAAGACGUGCGAAGAUAUGA